AGCACCUGGAAUACAUAUCACAUCCACACAAGACACUACGAUCCUUGACGGGGCGCUUCCACUCGUAGGAAUCUAUCUACUCCAAGGAAUGACUGACUGAGCUGAAGACAUCUGUGCUGUGUCACCCGUCACAGUAACAGGUGUUACAGGGAGCAGUCAGAACUAACCCAAAUGUUCAGUGCUUUGUUAAUAAAGCUCCACCUACAGCCACUGUCAAGUAUGCUCUCAGAGAACACUGUACAAGGGAAGGGCCCUGAGCACGGGUUGUGAGCCCCUCACCCUAAGGAAACACAUGUUUCCUCAAGCAAGUCUCCGUUUGUCCGUGUGUCCCUCCAUCCGGAGCACCUCUGGAGGCCAGGCAGGCCUGAGCAGCCCCAUUCAUCUGUGACACCUGACAGCCUCUGUGCUCCUAAGCGGAAGACGGGCCCCCACAUCUCCGUACUGCCUGGCACCCGCGUAGCCACCAGGCAGCUCCAGUCCCAAGACAGCCUCUACGGCCCAAGGCCUGUGUGUUGUUGCUGGGCCCCCCACCAGGGGCCGCCUGGGAGGAGAUGUGGACCCCUGGAGGGCAGGAGUUCCCACCUGGCCUCGGGAUGCAAAUGAGUCCCCCCCAGGAGCGUCCCCCUAUCUGCACCCAGAACCUGAAGGAGCUGUUACUGGAGCGGCGCCCACCCAUCGUGACCGACCUGCAGAUCCCCGGCCCCACCAAGUACCAGGUGCCCGAUGCUUCAAUACGCGAGUGCUCCCCACAUCCCCACUUCAGCAUCGGCCGCAAGCACUCCACCCGCGAGGGCGGUGGCCGCAGGGCGUGGCAGACAGCGUGGUUCCAGAGCGAAAGCCCCUUCACACAGAAAGUCGACUUUAACCAAGAGCAAAAGUGGCCAUCGCCCGCGGACUAUCAACCACUCAACCGGCCUGCCUGCCCGGCCUUCAGCUUUGGGGGCCGCCGCCCCGCCUCCAAGACAGUUGAGGCCCGCUCCCGGCCGGGGCUGCUGCGGGCCGGGGGUGCGGGUUACCGUGCCCAGCCCCGGCUCCAGGCCCCUCCUCCGGCCCCGGGGGGCGAGAAGCGCCCAGGCCCCAACACCUACGACAUCUCUCCUGGGUGCCGGCUGCAGAGCCACCGCCCGCCCGCCUUCUCCAUGAGCCGUUCACCUGCGUUCGCCUCCUGGAUCAGCUCCUGUAAGGAGGCUUCUGAUGACAGAGGCCAGGCCCUGGGAGCAGGACGGGGGACUCAGCCUGUGGGGAGCUGGGAGCUGGCGCCGCAGCUUGGGUGGGGCUCCCGCCUUCUCUCCGCAGCCCACACUCCCGGCCCAGCUGCCUACCAUGUGGAGGAUUGCUAUAACUCGCGCUUCCCCUCAGCACCUGGGGUGGUCAUCCAGGGUGUGCGAAGACCCAAGCGCCAUGACACAGGACCCUUCUGCACGCUGUAGCCCCUGCUGGGCUCAGCCGGCCGGCCGGUUAUCCGCGGAACCCUGGUCUCCCCGGGGGGGCCCCAGCUUGGCCUUCUGACUCCAUGGGCACCUCUGAUGCCCCCUCCUGGCCGGCCAAUCCCUCUGUGAGCUGCGGACAGCAAGGAGGGCCCAGCUGGAAGCCCUCACCUGCCCACCCCCUUGCCACACAGAGAUGCUGUUGGUUCUUUCCA